UGCUCCCCAGUUUCCGUAGGGAAGCGCCUGGCUACCACAGCUAUUGUGCAUAGCGCCGUCGCCUUCCUCUUCCCGCUGUAGCUGCUGUGUUGGGAGGAAAGCUACGUUUCCUUGGCGCCGGGCUUAACCCUCUAAGUGCCAAACCCCACAGCAUGCCGGCUCCCAGGAACAAGUAGGCGGUCUCUGCGGCUGCCGAGUUGUGGGCGAGGAGCCCCGAAGACCCGAGGAAGACAUCCGAAGGGAGCCCUUGCUCUCGGCCGGUUUCGGAGCUGGGGCUCGGCCAGCGUCAAGCCGUGGCAUUGGCUUUAAGAAGGGGGAGGGGAGACGCGGUACUCUGCGUAGGGAGCCUGGGAAGAAAGCCUUGGCUGGCUUGGGAGCGCGGAGAGGCGGCCCCCGCGUCCGCGCUCUCCCUGCCUCCACCCUGGGCCGUCCGGGACGCAGCGCUGUGCUUUGGGGAGGCGAUGACUAGGGUUGUGCUGCUCGCUAGGUUGCACCCUGCCGGCGUCAGCAGGCGUUGCCCCUCCGCUAUCAUAACCAUGGGGCAUCCCCCGCUGGAGUUCAGUGACUGCUACCUCGACAGCCCCGAUUUCCGCGAGAGGCUCAAGUGUUAUGAACAGGAGCUGGAGAGGACCAAUAAAUUCAUCAAAGAUGUGAUCAAAGACGGCAGCGCGCUUAUCAGUGCUAUGAAAAAUUAUUCUUCUGCGGUCCAGAAAUUUUCUCAAACACUGCAGUCAUUUCAGUUUGAUUUCAUCGGGGACACACUGACAGAUGAUGAGAUUAAUAUUGCGGAAUCAUUCAAGGAAUUUGCUGAACUGCUCAAUGAAGUAGAAAACGAGAGGAUGAUGAUGGUACAAAAUGCUAGUGACUUGCUGAUCAAGCCCCUGGAAACUUUUCGGAAGGAACAAAUAGGUUUCACAAAGGAGAGGAAGAAGAAAUUUGAAAAGGAUGGCGAGAGGUUUUACUCAUUACUGGACCGGCACUUACAUCUGUCAUCCAAAAAGAAAGAAUCUCAGUUGCUAGAGGCAGACCUUCAAGUGGAUAAGGAAAGGCACAAUUUCUUCGAGUCUUCUCUUGAUUAUGUCUAUCAAAUUCAGGAAGUUCAGGAGUCCAAGAAGUUCAAUAUCGUGGAACCAGUCUUGGCCUUUCUCCACAGCCUCUUCAUCUCCAACAGCUUGACUGUGGAGCUCACGCAGGAGUUCCUCCCUUACAAACAGCAGCUGCAGCUCAGCUUACAGAAUACAAGAAAUCAUUUCUCCAGUACCCGGGAAGAGAUGGAAGAACUUAAGAAAAGAAUGAAAGAAGCUCCUCAGACAUGCAAACUUCCAGGACAGCCAACCAUUGAAGGCUAUCUCUAUACACAGGAGAAAUGGGCUCUGGGGAUAUCCUGGGUGAAAUACUACUGCCGGUAUGAGAAAGAGAGUAGAACACUCACCAUGACACCGAUGGAACAGAAGCCAGGUGCUAAGCAGGGACCCAUGGACUUAACCUUGAAGUACUGCGUCAGAAGGAAGACAGAGUCAAUUGACAAGAGAUUCUGUUUCGAUAUAGAAACUAAUGAAAGACCAGGUACCAUCACUCUGCAGGCGCCUUCAGAAGCCAAUAGAAGGUUAUGGAUGGAAGCCAUGGAUGGGAAAGAACCAAUCUACCACAGCCCUAUAACAAAACAGGAAGAAAUGGAGUUGAAUGAAGUGGGGUUCAAGUUUGUUAGGAAGUGCAUCAAUUUUAUUGAGACUAAAGGGAUCAAGACAGAAGGGUUGUACCGUACUGUGGGCAGCAACAUCCAGGUUCAGAAGCUGCUCAAUGCCUUUUUUGACCCAAAAUGUCCAGGGGAUGUCGAUUUUCAUACUAGUGACUGGGACAUUAAGACAAUCACAAGCUCCUUAAAAUUCUACCUCAGGAACCUUUCAGAACCUGUCAUGACUUAUAAGCUUCACAAAGAGCUCAUCUCUGCUGCCAAAUCUGACAACCUGGAUUACCGUCUGGGGGCUAUUCACUCCCUAGUAUAUAAGCUACCAGAAAAGAACCGGGAGAUGCUGGAACUUCUUAUCAGACACUUGGUAAAUGUGUGCGAGCACAGCAAAGAAAAUCUUAUGACACCUUCCAAUAUGGGGGUGAUCUUUGGGCCCACCCUGAUGAGAGCUCAAGAGGACACUGUGGCUGCUAUGAUGAACAUCAAAUUCCAGAAUAUUGUGGUAGAAAUUCUCAUUGAACACUUUGGCAAGAUUUAUUUAGGUCCACCUGAGGACAGCCAGGUACCUCCAGUGCCUCCACCACGAGUGACAGCAAGAAGGCACAAACCAAUCACAAUCUCAAAGCGCUUGCUAAGAGAAAAGACAGUGUUCUAUGCUUCUUCCCUGGAUGAGAGUGAAGAUGAAACCCAACAUCAAACUCCUAACGGUACAAUCACUAGCAACCUGGAUCCCCCCAAGCUACCACAGCACCUCAAACCACCCAUGCAGAAAAGUGGGGAAACUGACCCUGGAAGAAAGUCCCCAUGCAGACCUGUUUCUGACUGCCAAUCAGAGCCCUGCCCGGAGGUGGAUGUGGGGAAAUUGGUAUUUAGGUUGCAGGAUGGAGGGACCAAGCCUACUCCAAAGGCCUCCAAUGGACCUGUGCCAGGAUUUGGACCCACAAAGACCUCCUCUUUCCAUAUAAAGAGACCAGCUCCCAGGCCAGUGGUUCACCACAAGGAAGGAGAUACUGACUGUUUCAGCAAAGUUCGCCCCCCAGGAGAAAAACAAACAAUCAUCCGUCCUCCAGUGAGGCCCCCAGACCCUCCUUGCCGGGCCAGUACUUCACAAAAGCCAGAGCCAAAGCCAGAAAUGUUGGCUGGCAAUGCAGGGGAAGUCCCAUCAUCCGUGGUGGCAUCCAGAACCAGAUUCUUUGAAACAGCUUCCCGGAAAACUGGAAGUUCUCAAGGAAAACUUCCUGGAGAUGAGAGUUGAGGCCACAGGUUGGAAAGGACUUGGCAUUGAGAGACCCUUUCCAGGUUGUGAAAGGGUCUACUUCAAAACUUUGUGAGCUAUCAGUACUGAAGAGCAGCUCAUUUCUGGCCUUGUAUUUUCAGUGUCUGGGAAGCUAUAAAAUAAGGAGCAGAUGUUGUAGACACAUGUUUUUUUUGUUUUUUUGUUUUUCUCCUUGUAUUUUGUCUUCAUCUCCCCAGAAUUUCUGUUGUGAGCAGCUCCUAGGACACUGGAUGGUUGGAUUUUCUCAAGCUCCAAGCUCUACUGAAGUGGAAAUACCCACUGACGUGUAUUGAAGAAGAGAGCCUAGUUUUCCAAUCUUCUCUGAACUUUUUCCUCAAAGGUCAUUGGAUUCUUCAUGAGUCAGAUUGAACUUAGGUAUCUUAUGUGAUCUAAAGACCACUUGAGUUGGGGGCCAUUGUUUAACUUAUUUGAAAGAGAGGAGGGAUGUUAGCUGAAUAUUAGAGAAUUGUGCCAUUUCUCUUUCUGAGGACAUGGACACUGACAAGUACCAGAUUGGCACCCUGGUACCAUGACAUGUUACUGAAAUUCAGUGAGGCCAGACCACAUGAGUAAUUCCCAGUGUCCUACCCCAGUAUAGGCUUAGGAUGGUAGCCUUUCUGCUUUUGCCUUCGAGGACAAAUCUGCUAAGCAUGUUUGCAUGUCAAAGCUUAGGCCUAUCUGGAUUUUCUUUCCUCCUACUUUCACCCAAUAGCUUCCUUUCCAGCAAUCAACAAAUAAAACAAAACAGAAAACAUUUCUGUUAAAAGAAAAAAAAAAGGUCAAAUGUUAGGAAACAUUGUUAAGAUUGUUAAGAUUGACUGAGUCCAAGGAAUUGUUACUCUUGCCUUUUAUUUUCUUCUAGCUUAUACGCCUUUUUAUAUCCUGAAAAACAAGCAAACAAACAAAGCCACAAACAAACAAAACCAGAUCUUAACCAGGUGCCCAUGGAUUCUGGAACUCCAUGAUGCCCCCAAGAUGACAUAUACAAUUCCAUGAGGGUAAUGCCUUUUCUGAGCAGAUGGUUCAUAACAUUCUACUGAAUUUCAAAUGGGACUGCAACCCAAUAAAGGUUAAGAACCAUAGUCUUUGAGAUAAAAGACUCUUUACAGCCCAUAAAGGAUUAGAAGGAACUUUCAAAAGCAUUUAUACUAACAACAGCUUGGUUUACAUGAAGAGCAAGUUAGUGACCACAACAGGACAAGAUCCCAGGUGUCUGAGCUCCUACAUAAGGUUCUUUUUAGUAUGCCACAUUUAUCUAGGAAAGGACUUUGUAGGUGGUGGCUUUAAUGGCCCUUUUGGGAGGUAUUGGCUUUUAUCCUCUUUCUUAAGCCUCUCAUAUUUGCCAGAGAGUAGAAAAUUUCAAGAUAUAAACCCUUGGUCCCUUUCAUUACUGUUGGAGUCACUGAAAAUGCACUAAAACAAAAGUGCAGUACGUGGAGAAUCUGAGGAUUAGACAUUUCUGAGCCCUGUUUUUCAGAGUGCCAAUGCUCCUGUUUCAGUGCAGAUGACCAGGCUUCCAAGGCUAGUGGGGCUCUUAUUGAGCUCUGCUCUUAGAGCGGUAUCCUCUCUGUUAAUGAGUGAAAGCACGCAUAUGUGCAGAAUUUGGUCACAGGACUGGAUCAGUAGGGCUUCGGAUCCAUGGAAGUUUAUAAAGAGAGUCUGAAUCUGUGUUUAUUGUGUGUAUGUAAAAUACCAUGGUAAACACUAAAAAUGUUAAAUACUAUUGAAAAGCAGAGAAAGACAUUGCAAUUCCAAUAGAAGUGUCUAGAAACUUCAUGCUGUGAUUGCUGUGUUACAUGGGACAUGGAUGAAAACUCAGCUGAGGAAGGCGGGGGCCAUCCAUUUUGGAGGCCAGGGAGAAGUUAAGUGUGGUAGUUUUGCAUCUUCAGUUAACUCUCUUUAAAGAGGGAAAUAAAGCCUCGCUCUUUGGCAAUCUGCUUUAAAAAGCAAAAUGUUCUGUGGUGAAGCAUACUGUCACAAAAUGGGACUGGCUUAGCCUAUGCUUGAUGCGUAGAUACUCACUCAGAUAAGGUUAUCAGAAGAGGUGAUGAUGUGAGGAGCAACUAUGGGAAGUCAAUAGCAACCCUCACAAAAAAGAUAAGAGAACUGUUAAGUUUUGAAUUGAUAGUGACAACAAAAGUGCUAACACUUAUUAAGCACCCACUAAAUACUAGGUCAUUCAAAACCUAUUCUUUCCUCCUGGUAACAAUCAUGCAAGUACUCAUCCCCUUGUACAGAUUAAGAAAGUACCCAGUUGCAUUAAAUUAGUGGCUCUACCACAGGCAUGUGUGAUUUGCACCCAAGCCUUUCUGAAUUUGCACCUUGUGUAAUUUUCCCUAUGUCAUUCUAAGGUGGGUAUCUAAACAGAGGCCACAUUACCAGAAGUGGAUUGACACUUGAUUCCUAUGUUCCUAAUACAGAAUACACUGAGGAAAGGAAAGCAGUGAGGGAGGGAAGUGGUGCAAGUCCACUUCAUAAGGCAGUAAAACAUAGGUUGAAAGGUAAUUCAAAGUUGAGCUUACCUAUUUGGUAAGACGUUUUAAAAAGUCACCCAAUCUCACCUUGUGAACUGAAGAAUUUGUUAUGAUUAGUAGCUGUGAAUUCUUUGCCUUGGUCAUUUUUUUUAAAGAGCAUGUCACGGUUUUAUCCAGAAGGCUGGUGACAUCCACACAUGUAGUCUGAGCAGGAAGGUUCGCUGUGCCUCCAUGGAAUUUGAUGUCCUAGGGUAAUAUGCCUACAAAGUGUUUCUGUGGUAAAAGCAAAAUCAGGUCAUUUAAUAAAAUAAAUUUUUAUUGAAUUAUUUUAUUUCAAGUUGCAAAAGAGGUGUUAUGAAGUAUCCAGAUACCACAGGACACAAUUAAGUUUUCAAUUUAAAUAGUAAAAUAGUGUCAUGCAGACUACUUAUGAAAUAAUGGGCUACAAUAGAGAAGCAUCUUUCCAUUUUCAAGACUUUCCUUUAUUCCGUAAGAACUACAAAAAGUAAAAGAAUUAGUUCAGCGACUUGUAAAAUAAUUGCUUUUGAGAGAACAUAGAUCAGUGAAGCUGUUAUUAAAGUAGCAGCAGACAAGUGGCCUUGACACAUUAGAAAGAUUUAGAAACAGCAGCAGCAGAAAAUCCAGAAAGAAGCAAAAUAACUUGACAAGAUAUUUUCAAUGAAGAGAAGCCUCCAUUUUCAUAGAGAAAUGCAGUACUUUAUGUCGUGGACACUUAUAGAGACCUUAAAAGAUUGCCUAUAUGGUUUCAUUUCUAUGUGAAAUCAGAGAAAAGAAUGAGAUCCCUGAACCCAUUGAUGUGAUUUUUCAAUAAAGUGUGCAGUUUCUCUUGUAUAGAUGUCCUCCAUCUGCAGACUCGUCAUGGAAAUCUUUCAGUCUAUAAGUAUUGAUGGCCCACCCACUACCUACUACUUAUGGUCCUUUGUAAAAGCCUAAGGAGAACUCAGUGUAAAGAUUUUUAUUGUUUUGGACCUUAGAGUCUUGAUCUAUUCUCCACUUUGCAACAUAGCUUUGUCAUUCUUUCAGGCCUCAAAAUGUCAACAUGUGAUAGCUGGUGUGAUUUUCUUUUGUAGAUAAGGAAACUUGAGGCCUAGGGAGGUGAAAAAGAAAAUGUUCAUAAACAGACUCUAGAAAUUGAUACAAAUCCAAGAUUGGAAACUAAAGAUGGCUAUUUACCAGCUGUUCCAAGAUACAAGUGAAAAUGAAUCCCAGGGCCAGAGAGAUGGCUCAGCGGUUAAGAGCACUGGUUGCUCUUCCAGAGAUCCUGAGUUCAAUUCCCAGCAACCACAUGUUGGCUCACAACCAUCUAUAUAUGUAGUCCCAUGAGAUGCAAUGCCUCCUUUUGGUGUCCAGAAUUACAUGCAGAAAAAAAAGCUAUACAUAAAAUUCAUAAAUAAAUAAACUUUAAAAGAAAAUGAAUCACUACUGUAACUGUGAAUGUUUAGAAAUAGGAUCAAUGAAAACAUAAGUAGCAGCAUUGACAUUACCUGGGGACUUGUUAGAAAUGCUGAUUCUUGGGAUCUACCCUAGACAUCUGGAAUAAGAAUCCGUAUUUUAACAAGACCCCACAAGAGAUUUCUAUGCACAUUAAAAAUUUUGAGAAACACUUGGUUUAGUCUGAUCUAAUAUGCUGAGAAUCCAUAACUGCCUGCUUCUUACAUUGGUUUGCACAUGGCCUGUGACUUUAUUGACAAGUGAAUGAAGUUUCUCUACAUCCAAGAAUAGCGGAGAGAGUAUAGAGAAUAAACAACCUGAAAGUUACUUGGCUGGCAAACUGUAACGGAAGCAGUAGAAAGAAAACAUGUGGCACUGAGAAUGAACUCUUCUCAUGAUGUCUAUGGUCAUGAGUCAUCUUUGUCAUUCCUCUCUGAGAUGCUGAACAUGUCAUUCACAUUGUCUACCUUUUCUCUCAAUGGGACUUUUCAAUUUUUAUACACAGACUUUGAUAUAAUGAAAAUGGACAACUCUGCUGGUCUUUGGCCAGUUUAGGCAUCUUCAUUUCACAUAAGAAAAACAAUACUGGUACUUUUGCCGUCUAUCCUGUUUGCCCUGCUGAAAAAAAGAUUAAGCAUCUUCCCUAGGGUCAUCAUUGUUGUUUAGCUAGGGCUAUAGAUUUUAGUGUGUUUAUCCUAUAUUAUAAGGCUAAUAUCAACUUAUAAGGGAAUAUAUAUCCUUUCUGUUUUUCUGUUUCUGAGUUACCUCACUUAGGAUGAUCUUUUCUAGUUCCUACCAUUUGCCUGCAAAUUUCAUGAUUUCCUUGUUUUAAUUGCUGAGUAGUAUUCCAUUGUGUAAAUGUACCACAAUUUCUGUAUCCAUUCCUCCAUUGAGGGACAUCUAGGUUGUUUCCAGAUUCUGGCUAUUAUGAAUAGUGCUGCUACAAACAUAGUUGAGCAAAUGUCCUUAUUGAAUGGUGGGGCAUCUUUUGGGUAUAUGCAUAGGAAUAGUAUAGCUGCAUCUUGAGGUAGCACUAUUUCUAAUUUCCUGAAGAAAUGCCAGAUUAAUUUCCAAAGUGGUUGUACAAGGUUACAUUCCCACCAGCAAUGGAGGAGGAUUCCCCAUUCUCUACAUCCUCUUCAGCAUGUGUUGUCACUUGAGUUCUUGAUCUCAGCCAUGCUGAUGGAUAUGAAGUGAAAUCUCAGGGUUGUUUUGAUUUGCAUUUUCCAAAUGACUAAGGAUGUUGAGCAUUUCUAUGAGUGUUUCUCUGCCAUUCGAUAUCCCUCUGUUGAGAAUUCUCUGUUUAGCUACAAGGAACAGGAAAGUAUCCUUCCACAGAGGACCUCCAAAAGACUCUACCCACCAGGAUAUCAAAGGACACACUGAGACUCAUAGCCAAAUUUGAGCAGAGUGCUGGAAUCCUUAUGGAAGAAGAGGGAGAAAGAAAGACCUGGAGGGGACAGGAACUCCACAAGAACAACAGAGCCAAAAUACCUGGGCCUGCAGUGACUGAUACUCCAACUAAGGACCAUGCAUGGAGAAGAUCUAGACCUCCUGUUCAAAGAAAGCCCAUUGGCUUCUCAGUUCCCAACUGGGUUUUCUAGUAAGGGGUACAGGGGCUGCUUCUGACAGGAACUCAGUGGCAGGCUCUUUGAUCACCUCCACCUGGGGGCAGAGUGCAGCCUUGCCAGUUCACAGAGGAAGAUGAUGCAGCCAGCCUUGAUGAGAUCUGAUAAAAUAGAAGGGGAAGAAGUCUAUCAGUGGACUAGGGAAAGGGCAUAGGGGGAGAAGAGGGAGGAUUCAUGGGACUGAGAGGAGACAAGGAGGGGCUGCAGUGCACAUACAAAGUGAACAAAUUGUAAUAAAUAAAUAUGUAAAUAAAGUUAAAUAAAAAAAGAAAGGCAAUACUGGGAGAAAAUUUUGAUCAUAUCAAGGCAGCAUUAACAGAUAUUGUAAAAGACCAGAAGUGUGGCUAGUUAACUAGCUGGAAAUUGGUUUUCAAAUUAAAGUAUAACAAAUUAUGCUGAAAUUCAGCUGCUUCAUGCCACAGACUCGAUUUAUCAACCCAUACUGUGGCUAAAGCUUUUUUUUUUUUUUUUUUGCUUAUAGUAACUUUAUUUUUCCCUUUUAUUUUUAAUUAUUUUUUUUACUUUUUAUAUUAUUUACAGUUUAAUAACUUUGUAUCCCAGCUGUAGCCCCCUCCCUCAGUCCCUCCCAAUCCCACCCUCCCUCCCUCAUUUCCUCUCUGCCCCUCUCUAAGUCCAGUGAUAGGGGAGGUACUCCUCCCCUUCCAUCUGACCAGCUUUUCUUGCAUGAUUUAAUAAAAAGAUUUCUUGCCUUUGGGGGAUGAUUUGAUAGUGGGAGAAGGAACUUAUAAACAAAGGGGAAUUUCCUACUUCUUAUCAUCUGCUACUUACCUCUCCAGCUGCGUAUAAUGACCAUUUUUGGAAAGCUACUGGCUAAAAGGUAACUUUUAUAGGUACAGAAACAAGCUCAGAGAGAGAAUUAGACUUGCAAAGCCACCCACCAUAGCCAAGGGUAAAAACUAGGUGUUCAUGGUACCAGCAGACAGGAGUUUCCUUGGGUUAACGGUAUGCCAGAGGCUAGUCUAGACACCUGCUCCCAACAGCUGGACACCCACGCAGAAGAGGAGUGCUGUACUUGUCAUUCUGGUGUUUGUUUCUAUCAGGUAUCCACAAACAUUACUUUGUUUAAGUUUCACACAGCCCUUAUCACCUUAUCAGAGCAGGUGUGAUUUUUUCCCAUUUUGUUGAUGCUCAGAAGGGUGUCAGAGUAAGAAACAGAAUGGGCCUUCAUUUUUUCAACUCCUCCUAUGCUGCACUAUUUCUUUAGAGGAGAUGAGGCUGAAAUGCAGAGCCCUAGUCUUUCUCCUGGGGAAUGUAACAGGUUCUAAGUUCUUAAUUGCUUCAAUUCAGUUUUUUUUUUUUUUUUUUUUUUUUUAAACCAGGUUGACUUUUUUUUUUUUUUUCUGUUGGAGCACAGAACAGUUUCAUGACUUAAAGUUUGAAGAACACCCUUAGGUUCUUUAAAUCAUCUUGUCCUCACAACAGCCACUUCAGGGAACAAAGUUUUAUUUCCCAAUUUGAGGCACUUGCUGAUCUUCCAUGGGACCUGGAUUCAGUUCUCAGCAGUUCACAACUGGCUAUAACUCCAAUUCCAGGGGAUCUGAUGAUGUCCUCUUCUGGUCUCUGAAAGUACCAGGCAAGGAUGCGGUUCACAUACAUGCAUUCAAGUAAAACAUGCAUAAACAAUAGAUCCAACUUUUUAAUUAUCAAAAAUUUACCACUUGUUCAUAUAUUGUCAUCUCACUGUUUCUGUUCAUCAGAAGUUUUCCUAUACAAGGGUUGGAUUUGUUGAGUGGUUAUCAUCUGAGAUACACAAUUCUCUUUUAAAUUCAAUCAAGGUUGUUAGCGUAAUUUAGUUUCUUCUGGUAAGACUGAAGUCUUUAAACAUUUUAGUUUCUUUUUGUUUAAAAAUUUGAUAUACAAUAUAUUUUUAUCUCUCUCUCAAAAAGUAACUUGCAAAAUAAAAAACCAGUAAGACAAAAAAAUAACAAAAUAAAAACUAGCUCCAUUUUUAAGCCAACUCCUCAAAUCACCUUUUUGUUUCUGUCUACUUUUCUUUUGCUUCCCUUUUGCCUCUUCUGUUUAGAGCUCACCUCAUAACAAUUAUUUAAUCUGAUAAAACCAGAAUUUUCUCUGUAUCUUCAUAUCUACCCCAGCAUUAAUUACAUAUUAAUAUUACUUUUGUAACAAAUCAAUUUGGGGUAUGGAAUUCUCUUAGGGGACAUAAUAGAUGCUUGCAAAAUGUAUGAAAUAGCUAGCUACAGCAUCCUUGCCUUCUGUUUUCCUAAAGAUGUGAGAUGGUAAGUAUAUUUUCUAUUGCCAUAUCAUUUGGUUGUAGUUGUAGACACUUGUCUACUAAGGGAAAAUGUGUUUUUAGGUUCUUUGAAUUUGUCUUACUAAUAUUCCUAUGAGGUACCUCUUGACACUAGCCCAUUUUAUAAAGGAGAACACUGAGACACAGAAUGUUUUAAACAUUUACCCAAAUUUCCACAGUCAGGAUAUAGUGAAUUAAGGAUUAAAAUCCAGACCAUUCUUUUUACUAUCUACUGAGAAAAGUCUAAUUUAUCAACUUGGGAAAUUCCAAUGCUGGGGAGAUAAAGGCAAAUUUGAUUUUCAGGAUGUUCUAUGCUUAUUCCCUUUGUCCUCACAUUUUGGUAACACAGUUGUGUUAUCAAUACAAAUGAAAUUCUUGAAGAAGUCUGUGAAAUAUGGCAACUUGCUAGGUUUUAUAUGGUGGAGUGAAGGUGCAGUCUCUGUUUUCAGAGACUCAAAGGUGAUAGUCUGUGAUGGGUAAAGUCAGAAUGGAGCAGCACCAGGAUUGUGUUCCUGAGCAGUAUUUCCACUUGAAAGUUUUUAUUAAAUAGGGGGAUUUUCCUAUUGAAGUAUGGGUUCUCUGUCACUAUAACAAAUACCAGAUAAUCAACUUUGUUUUGUCUCACUUUUAAUGUUUUCAGUUCAUGGUCAUUUGGACCUGUUGCUUUGAGUAAAACAUAAUGGGGGGAGCGGGAGUACAUGGUAGCGAAAACUAGGACAGAAUAGGAGGGUGCUCAAGUCAUACCCUUAUUCACUGAAACUCCACCCUCAAUGAUAUGGUGACUUCCCACUGGUCCUCACUCACAAAGCAGCCACCAACCUCCCAAAAGUAACAUAAUGGUGUCCUCACCUUUAACACAUGAGCCUUUGGAGGACAUUCGAUAUCCAAAGAGCUUACAUUAAUUUCUCUGAACUCUAUAGUCUGACUAUGCAGACCCUCAGAAUUCCUGCCAAAAUUUCACCUAGAAGUGAAAAUAAAAUGAAGUUUUUUUUUUUUUUUUUUUUUUGCUCUGACAGUGUAGCUACACAGUAGCCAUCUUUCACCAUUUUCUCCUUUUCCACUAGUAUUGUCAAUCCUACAUUUAUUCCUGGUUUCUGCUUUUCCAACAACUACUACCCAAAAUACUGGAACGAGCCAUCCUACUACUGUUAAUCCCAUCAUGAUGUGAGAUAGGUGGGGUAUGGCCAACAUCAGUCAUGAUUAUUCCUUAUCUCCUCCUUAUACUUACUAUUAUCCUAUAAGAUUCAGAAUUCUUCCCCAGUUCUAGGCCUGAGAUCAAGGCAUACUUAGUGUGAUAUUGACUCCCUCUACUACUCCCUUGACUUAUUUUGCAGACAUUGCUGGUCAGAUUCUGACAUUUAUGUUCACACCUUCAGAAGCACUCACCCCCAGUAACACUCACUCACACACAUACACACACACACACACAAACACACACAAUCUCUAUAAAUCAUAAUCUUUGCCUUCAUUACUCAUGGUUCUCUGUAUUUCUAUGAUUAAGAGUAACAGAACUUUUCCCAGAAAGUAUCUAUUUUAAAUAAGUUUCUUGGUUGGGCUUGGACUUUGCAUCUGCUUUUCAGUGCUGUGAUUUUGUCUGGCUUGAAUCUGUUCAGGUGUUGGGAAUGCUGUCACAGUCUCUGUUAACUUCAAACGUGAAUCAAUCCUGUUGUGUCUCUUUCUUUGAAAUCACUCUGGCUCUUACAAUCUUUCUACCUCAUUGUCUACACAGAUUUUUGAACCUUGAAAUGAGAGCUUUGACACAGACAUAACAUUUAGGUCAGUGCUCCAAAGUCUGUAUCAGCUUUCUUUAAGUCAAUGGGUAUGUGAAUUAUGCUCCAUGGAGCUCCAGGCCCAACACAAAACAAACUCCAGUUUUGGUAUAUUUCAUUUUAUUUUGUUUGGAAUUUUUGUCUUAUAUUUUAAUUUUUAUAUUAAUUACAGUUUAUUCACUCUGUAUCCUGGCUGUAUCUCCCUCCCUCAUUCCCUCCCAAUCCUACCCUCCUUCCCUCAUCUCCUCCCAUGCCCAUCUCCAAGUCCACUGAUGGGGGAGGUCCUCUACCCCUUCCAUCUGAACCUAGCCUAUCAGGUCUCAUCAAGACUGGAUGCACUGUCUUCCUCUGUGGCCUGGCAAGGCUGCUUCCACAUGGGGGUGGGGUUUGAUCAAAGACCAGCCACUGAGUUCAUGUCAGAGACAGUCUCUGUUCCCCAUACUAGGGAACCCACUUGGAUACUGAGCUGCCAUGGGCUACAUCUGUACAGGGGUUCUAGGUUAUCUCCAUGCAUGGAUGGUCCUUGGUUGGAGUAUCAGUCUCAGAAAAUACCCCUGGGCCCAGAUUUUUUGGUUCUGUUGCUCUCCUUGUGGAGCUCCUAUGCCCUCCAUGUUUUUCUAUCUCCCCCUUUCAUAAGAUUCCCUGCACUCUGCCCAAGGUUUGUAUAUGAGCCUCAGCAUCUGCUUUGAUACACUGCUGGGUAUAUUCUUUCAGAGGCCCUCUGUGGUAGGCUCCUGCCCUGUUUUCUAUUUUCUCCCUCUUCCAAUGUCCAUUGUGUUUGCCUUUCUGAGUGAGGAUUGAUCAUAUUACCCAGGGUCCUCCUUCUUGAUUAGCUUCUUUAUGUAUACAGAUUAUGGUAUGUUUAUCCUAUAUUAUAUGCCUGAUAUCCACUUGUAAGUGAGUAUAUACCCUGUGUGUCUUUCUGUUUCUGGGAUAUCUCACUCAAGAUGAUCUUUUCUACAUACCACCAUUUGCCUAAAAAUUUCAUGAUUUCCUUGUUUUUAAUUGCUGAGUAGUAUUCCAUUGUGUAAAUGUACCACAAUUUCUGUACCCAUUCUUUCAGUUGAGGGACAUCUGGGUUGUUUCCAGGUUCUGGCUAUUACAAAUAAAGCUGCUAUGAACAUG